AGGUGCUCGGUCCUUGCUGCAGAACUUCUUGCAUCACGUUGCCAGAGUUACUGACGAGACAUCCCCGUCACGUGACCUCUCACCUGUCAGCCUGUGGACGUCCUGUGACGUCGACGCCUCCUUCAGUCCUCCUUCUUCUUUCAGAUCCCACUGUCAGCUGCUUGGUUAUCGCUGUCUUGUCGCCAACAUGGUUAACUUCACCAUAGACCAGAUCCGAGGGAUCAUGGACAAAAAAGCUAACAUUAGAAAUAUGUCAGUGAUUGCUCAUGUUGACCAUGGGAAAUCUACUUUGACAGACUCAUUAGUAAGCAAAGCCGGAAUUAUAGCAUCUUCCAGAGCUGGUGAGACACGAUUUACAGACACACGAAAAGAUGAACAAGAACGAUGUAUCACUAUCAAAUCUACGGCAAUUUCUCUGUACUAUGAGCUCUCAGAAAAUGACUUGGCCUUUAUCAAACAAAGCAAGGAUGGGUCCGGUUUCCUUAUUAAUUUGAUAGACUCCCCUGGACAUGUGGAUUUCUCCUCUGAAGUGACUGCUGCUCUCCGAGUAACAGACGGUGCUCUUGUAGUUGUUGACUGUGUUUCAGGUGUGUGUGUUCAGACGGAGACUGUCUUACGUCAGGCGAUUGCUGAACGGAUCAAACCUGUCCUAAUGAUGAACAAAAUGGACCGAGCUCUACUUGAGCUUCAGCUAGAUCCAGAGGAACUAUAUCUGACCUUUCAGCGAAUUGUAGAGAAUGUCAACGUCAUAAUAUCCACUUACGGUGAAGGAGAAUCUGGACCCAUGGGCAAUAUCAUGAUUGACCCAGUCGUUGGUACUGUUGGGUUUGGUUCUGGUCUGCAUGGCUGGGCUUUUACUCUCAAGCAGUUUUCAGAAAUGUACGUUGCCAAAUUUGCCGACAAAGGUGAAAAAGCACAACUCUCUUCAGAGGAACGGGCAAAGAAAGUAGAAGAUAUGAUGAAGAAAUUGUGGGGAGACAGGUAUUUUGAUGCAUCUACAGGCAAAUUUAGCAAGACAGCCACCAACGCAGAUGGCAAGAAGCUGCCCCGUACAUUCAGCCAGCUCGUUCUGGAUCCUAUCUUCAAGGUAUUUGAUGCUAUUAUGAAUUUCAAGAAAGAAGAUGCUGCCAAACUAAUUGAAAAAUUGGAUAUUAAGCUUGAUGCUGAAGACAAAGAAAAGGAAGGGAAGCCUCUUCUUAAGGCUGUAAUGCGACGUUGGCUGCCCGCUGGAGAAGCUUUGCUUCAGAUGAUUGCUAUCCACUUACCUUCUCCAGUGACCGCACAGAAAUAUCGCUGUGAUUUACUUUAUGAAGGGCCUCCUGAUGACGAGGCUGCUCUUGGAGUGAAAAGCUGUGACCCUAAAGGACCUCUAAUGAUGUAUAUCUCAAAGAUGGUACCCACAACUGAUAAAGGUCGAUUCUACGCCUUUGGCCGUGUUUUCUCUGGUACUGUGUCAACUGGGCAGAAAGUACGUAUUAUGGGUCCAAACUACACCCCUGGCAAGAAAGAGGAUUUAUACAUAAAACCUAUUCAGAGAACAAUUUUAAUGAUGGGUCGUUAUGUUGAACCUAUUGAGGAUGUUCCUUGUGGCAACAUAGUUGGUCUUGUUGGCGUUGACCAGUUCUUGGUGAAGACUGGUACAAUCACCACAUUUGAACAUGCCCAUAACAUGAGAGUGAUGAAGUUCAGUGUGAGCCCAGUGGUGCGUGUAGCAGUGGAAGCAAAAAACCCUGCUGACCUCCCAAAACUAGUAGAAGGAUUAAAACGUCUGGCUAAGUCGGAUCCUAUGGUUCAGUGUAUAAUUGAGGAAUCAGGAGAGCACAUCAUUGCUGGAGCUGGAGAACUACAUCUAGAAAUCUGUCUAAAGGACCUUGAAGAAGAUCACGCCUGUAUUCCAAUAAGGAAAUCAGAUCCUGUUGUUUCAUACAGAGAAACUGUAAGUGAAGUAUCGAAUCAGCUCUGCUUGUCCAAAUCUCCUAACAAGCACAAUCGUCUAUACAUGAAAGCCAGACCCUUUCCUGAUGGACUGGCUGAAGAUAUUGACAAGGGGGAAGUAAACGCUCGCCAAGAGUUGAAACUGCGUGCCCGCUACCUGGCAGAGAAGUAUGAGUGGGAUGUGACAGAGGCUCGUAAGAUUUGGUGCUUUGGCCCCGAUGGAACUGGACCCAACAUACUGAUUGAUGUCACCAAAGGAGUACAGUAUCUCAAUGAGAUCAAAGACAGUGUUGUUGCUGGUUUUCAGUGGGCCACCAAAGAGGGUGUGUUAUGUGAGGAGAACAUGAGGGGGGCGCGAUAUGACAUUCAUGAUGUAACCUUGCAUUCUGAUGCCAUCCAUCGAGGUGGAGGGCAAAUAAUCCCCACUGCCAGGAGAGUCUUCUAUGCUUCUACCCUGACUGCACAACCAAGGCUGAUGGAACCCAUUUAUCUAGUGGAAAUUCAGUGCCCUGAGCAAGUUGUUGGUGGUAUCUAUGGAGUGCUGAACAGGAAGCGUGGCCAUGUGUUUGAAGAAUCCCAGGUUGCAGGAACACCAAUAUUUGUUGUUAAAGCUUUUCUUCCAGUAAAUGAAUCAUUUGGUUUUACUGCUGACUUAAGAUCUAACACUGGUGGCCAGGCUUUCCCACAGUGCAUGUUUGACCACUGGCAGAUUUUGCCUGGCGAUCCUUUUGAUGCCACCUCUCGCCCCUUUCAAGUUGUUGCAGAAACUCGCAAGCGCAAAGGUUUGAAGGAAGGCAUCCCUCCCCUUGACAACUUCCUAGACAAAUUGUAGCUUUCAUCUUUUAACAGUUUUAUUUCCUAUGCUCAUAUUUUACCAUCUCACUGCAUUUCUCAAAAGCAAAUAAACAAAGCCAAACGUUACUCUACAAAAGGCAGCAACUGGCUGUGAAAUAGGUUUGUGAAAACAUCAAAAAUAAAAAACCUAUUAAAAACAAAA